AUGCUUCUUGCCUCGUUGUUGCACGGCACACUUCUACUGAGCGCGGUCGCAGCGCAGUGCCCACGCUCGUGUCGGAACGCCCAGUGCGGCCCGCCGACGUGCGGUAGCCACUGCUGCGAGUACUGGCGCCACAAGGGCCCUAGCGACGACGAGACGCCAUUUCUCCGUCGCCACACCCGGCUGCUGCGCAAGUACAACAUCACAGAGGUCUCGCUUCAGAACAGCGACGACGAGGUGCGCGCUUGGGCAGAGGCUCGAAUGCAGCGCUUCCUGCCGAUGCGACCCAUCAGCGCACCGGCUUCAUGUCGAAAGUCGGGUCCCAGGGCCAACGACUGGCUGAUUUGUGAGCUGACCUCGCCGUGUGUGGUCUUCUCCAUCGGCAUCGGAGGCGAGUGGACCUUCGACGUUGCCGCGGCGAAGGCGGGCUGCGAGGACUGCGAAGGCUGCGAGUGGCGCGAGUUUGCCGCUCCGGAGACGGCUGCAGCCCUCUGCGCGGUGCGCCAGCUGUACAUCGAGCUCCACUUCAGCACGACGAUGGGCCUCGCCGACGCCAAGCAGGCGCUGCAGCUGGUCUCAUCCUUCCACGACGUGGUGCACGCACGGCAUCGCUUCGCCCCGUUCCGGGUGAAGAUGGUCCCGGGCGACGACAGCGACCAGGACAAAGUGCUCGAGCUGCUGCGCCAGCAAGCCAUCGACCCGGUCGCGUGCUGCUACAUCUUUCAGAUGCAACGAGGAGCAGGGCGAUGCUAG